AUGGGUAGGUAUAGUGUUAAAAGAUACAAGACAAAGAGGAGAACGAGAGAUUUGGACCUAAUAUAUAAUGAUCUCGCUACCACAAAGUCUAUAAACAAUCUCAAAAACCAGCCCUUGGAUGAGUAUAAGCCUGGGUUGGGUCAAUACUAUUGUAUAGAAUGUGCAAAAUACUUUGAAAAUCAAAUAAGUCUAGAUCGCCAUCAAAAGUCUAAGGUUCAUAAGAGAAGGGUAAAGAUUUUGAAGGAGAGACCAUAUACACCAUUAGAAGCUGAAGCUGCCAGUGGUGUCAACAUGUUGAAAUUUAUGGAGUCGGUAGAAAAAUACAAGCAAUUGGAGCAUUUCAAGAUUGAAAAUAAAGAAGAGUACGACAAAGUGAAUAGUCAAAAAAGGGAUACUCUAAGUGCAAUAAUCACUGGUGUUCCAUCUGAACAAUUUCAGAAACAGCAAGCUGAAACUGUUAGCUUAGAUCAGCUGACGCAAGUAUCGAUAGAAGUUGAAAUGGAAAAUUAA